GCGCUUUAUCAGUCUGCGUGUGGGAAGUCUGUUGAUCUUUCCCGGUAGGACACGGUUCGGCAGCGUAUGGUAAACAUGGGCAGCGGCGGGGCAGGGCUGCGUCGCGGGCCGGUUUUCAGCGCUUCCACGAAGUCUCCAUGUUCACGCCGUUGUCGCUGAGUGCUCGCCGCGCUCCUCGCCGCAGCGCCCCGGCCCGUCAGCUGCUGUUCCAUUGCGGGUCCGCAGAUGCGUGUUGUUCGUUCGGCGCUGCAGCGCUUCGCAUUUCCCACCCUGGCGUGGUAAAAACACUGAUGUACAUGGUGUGCGCCUUUGUGUAGUUGGCUUUACGCGGCGCAUAGAUAGAUAGGCAUUCACGUCGAUAAUUAUUUGUGCGUCGGUCUGAACGCGCUGGCGGGAGUGAUGGAGUGAGCGUGCAGGGGCGGUGAGAUCGAGCGCGUCCCCCCGUGUCCCUGUGUGUAUAAAUGAUAGCAGAUACAAUGACCCUGCUGUCUCUCCUGGGUCGGAUCAUGCGGUACUUCUUGCUCAGACCGGAGACCCUCUUCCUGCUGUGCAUCAGCCUGGCUCUGUGGAGCUACUUCUUCCACACGGACGAGGUGAAGACCAUCGUGAAGUCGAGCCGGGACGCGGUGAAGAUGGUGAAGGGCAAAGUGGCCGAGAUCAUGCAGAACGACAAAUUCGGCGGGCUGGACGUGAUGGACGCCGAGUUCUCCAAGACGUGGGAGUACAAGAGCAACAACGUGGCUGUGUACUCGAUCCAGGGCCGGAGAGACCACAUGGAGGACCGCUUCGAGGUGCUCACUGACAUCGCCAACAAGAGCCACCCGUCCAUAUUCGGCAUCUUCGACGGUCACGGCGGGGAAGCUGCCGCCGAGUACGUGAAGACGCACCUGCCGGAACUCCUGAAACAGCACCUGCAGGCCUACGAGAAGGAGAAGGAGAACAGCGUGCUCUCGUACCCUAGCAUCCUGGAGCAGCACAUCCUCUCCAUCGACAAGGAGAUGUUGGAGAAGCUCUCGGCCUCCUACGACGAAGCAGGAACCACCUGUCUGAUCGCCCUGCUGUCCGACAAAGAGCUGACUGUGGCCAACGUGGGAGACUCCAGGGGCGUCCUGUGCGACAAGGAUGGAAACGCCAUUCCGCUGUCACAUGACCACAAGCCGUACCAGCUGAAGGAGCGCAAACGCAUCAAACGGGCAGGGGGCUUCAUCAGCUUCAACGGCUCAUGGCGUGUGCAGGGUAUCCUGGCCAUGUCACGCUCACUGGGCGACUACCCGCUCAAGAACCUGAAUGUGAUCAUUCCGGAUCCCGACAUACUGGCCUUCGACCUGGACAAGCUGCAGCCCGAGUUCAUGAUCCUGGCAUCGGAUGGCUUGUGGGAUGCAUUCAGCAACGAGGAGGCAGUGCGCUUCAUCAAGGAGCGCCUGGAUGAGCCGCACUUCGGUGCCAAGAGCAUCGUCCUGCAGUCCUUCUACCGGGGCUGUCCCGACAACAUCACCGUCAUGGUUGUCAAGUUCAAGAGCAGCAACAAGGCUGGCGAGUAGUGAGGCUGCAGCAAGAUAGUGUGUGUAUGUGUGUGUGUGUGUGUGUGUGUGUGUGUGUGUGUGUGUGUGUGUGU